AUCGUCGUUUUUUAAUACUCACAGUUGGUGUUUUGUUUUUCAUUGAUUGAUGAUUAUUGAUUAAGUGAUGUGUUGCUGUUUUGUUUUUUUACUUUGUGCUUGAGUUAAUUGGAUGCUCUGUCAGUGCUUAGUGCUUGUUCUUGGUUGAUUGGCUUUGCUCACUACUCUGGCUUGUUCUAGCCUAUUCUUGAUUAAUUAACUCUGUUACUGGCUUAUUGAUUGAUGCUGAAUUGGUACGGAUAAACUGUUACUGGCUUGUUCUUGGCUAUUUUGUCUGUUGUUAAAUUUUGUUAAAGUUUCUUGAUUUUGUGCUCAUUACCUCAUUCAGUGCCUUUUUUUUGUUAAUCAUUGUGCUGAGCUUGUUAAUCAUUGGCUUAUUGAUUGAUGCUAAAUUGGUACUGAUAAAAUGUUACUGGCUUGUUCUUGGCUUUUUUUUAUCUGUUGUUAAAUUUUGUUAAAGUUUCUUGAUUUUGUGCUCAUUACCUCAUUUAGGACUUUUUUGUUGUUAAUCAUUGUGCUGAGCUUGUUAAAAUUGGGUUAAAAACUUUGUAAAUCUUUGUUAAAGCAUGUUAAUUUUUGUGUUAACCUUGUGAAAACUAUGUUAAAAACUUGAUUGGCUUUGCUCACUACUCUGGCUUGUUCUAGCCUGUUCUUGAUUAAUGAACUCUGUUACUGGCUUAUUGAUUGAUGCUAAAUUGGUACUGAUAAACUGUUAUUGGCUUGUUCUUGCUUUUUUUCUGAUGUUAAAUUUUAUUAAAGUUUCUUGAUUUUGUGCUCAUUACCUCACUCAAUGCUUUUUUUGUUGUUGUUAAUCAUUGUGCUGAUCUUGUUAAAAUUGGGUUAAAAUUGAUAAUCUUUUGGAGUUUGAUGUAUAAUAGGUUGAUUUCAAGCUGAGAUUUUCUUCUAACAAUGAUAUUGACAACUGGAAUAACUUAACAAUUGGACUAUUCAUUUUAGAGAGGAAAAACAUCUACAUAAUUUUCAUAUUUUAUUGAUGAGCAUUUGAGCUGUUUAUAUUUGAAGCUUGUAAAACAGAUGGAAUGCUUUCUAUAAAAACCACGAGGAGCAGCUCAAAGUUAGGAGUGGAGUAGCUUGCAGCAUUGAAAACCAUCAACACAAUGAACUGGUGAUAGAGGCAGUCAUAAUAAUAAGUAACAUGCUAGUAGACAUGUUUUGUAAUUUUAUAUUAUAGCAAUACACAUAUUCUAUCAUUUUUAUUGUGUUGAUUUAUUGAUUUUUUUUAUUGUGUUGAAGAGAGUUGUUCUAUAAUUUAUUUAUUAUUUUAUUUUAAAACGGUUUUUUCGGUUGAAUUACGGUUGGACCAGUGAACCAGUGAGUAAAACGGUUCGAUGAUCGGUCCGGUUCUUAGAACCAUGAUUUGAUGAUAAAUUUUAAAUUGAUAACUUUUAAAUAUUAAAUUUGCACUGCCUAUGUUACUGAUUCACUGUUCUUUCAGUGUUUUUUGUUGUUAAUAAUUGUGAUGAGCUUUGUUAAAAUUUGCACUGCCUAUAUUACUGAUUCACUGUUCCUUCAGUGCUUUUUGUUGUUGUUAAUCAUUGUGAUGAGCUUUGUUAAAAUUUGCACUGCCUAUGUUACUGAUUCACGGAUUCAUCCCUCUUGUCAUCAUCAUCGGCAUGAACUCCGAACCAAAACCCCAACUCUCUGGAUAAAAUUGUAACGAAAGCUGAUUGGGAUUUUUUCUUCUACUUAAGGUAUGAAUCAGAAUGAUGAGGCCAAGUUGUGAAUGCACAAGUGUCAACGGACUAUAAUAUAUAUUGAGUUUGUGACAUUAGAAGGGUGUAAUAAUAACAAUAAUGGAGUCAUGUUAUUUGAAUAUUGAGGUUUAACAUUUAAACUCUCAGCUUCUCAGCCCUGUUUGAUUCUUCUUCUCAGGCAAUUGAAUCGAAUCAACCUGGCCUUCCUUUUCUUUUUCUUUUAGUUGAUUCUUAAUUUUUCUAAUAUAUGUAGCUUUCUGAAUCAAGUGGAUCAGAUUAUGUAGUUUUCUUGAUUUGGGAUGUUUUCGGAGACGCAUUAGAAGAGUUAUUUUAUUAUUGUUUGCUAUAAAAAUAUUCACAUGUUGUGUAUGCUUGUGAUUGUUUCGGUGUUUACAUUUUCUUUCCAAGUCACUUGCUAUGGUUGUUCUUUGAGUUAAGGCUUUGUAUGUGUGUGUGAGAACAUGUGAUAAUGUUGAAUGCUGUUGCAUCUAAUAGGAGUUUUUGGAGUACUCUCAUCUUUGGUCCUUUGUAAUUUAUUUAUUAUUUUAUUUUAAAACGGGUUUUCCGGUUGAACCAAUGAACCAGUGACUAAAGCGGUUUGAUGACCGGUCCGGUUUUCAGAACAUUGUAUUUUACCAUUAAUUAUCCCCAUUCAUUUUCCCUUUUGUUGCGUUUUUCAACUGGGUACCUGCCCUACAGGUGUUUGAUGAAUUUAGUCAGUGAAACAUAAAAAGAGAGAGAUUAUACUGUAUGUUCGAAUAACUCUUAAACUUCUGUUGGGUAAUCAGAGUUGGGAUUGGAAUUGCCAUUGCCAUGGAUCCUUCUAUUAUGAAGCUCCUCGAAGAUGACGAGGAUGAAACAAUGCAUUCAGGGGUGGAUGUUGAAGCCUUCCAAGCUGCACUAAACAGAGACAUAGGAGGAUCUACUUCCACUUCUGGCUCAGACCCAGUUUUGUCUCAAGGAAGCAACAAUACAUUGACUCAGUCAAUGCCACAGUGGCCAACUCCUAGCCAUGAAAACCAAACCCAAGUUCAAAAUCAAGAGCCUGAAACUGCACAGCAACGAGAGCAACCUUCAUCUGAGGUGGAGCAAAAGCAACAUGGAUCUCUUGCUGAACAAGUACAGCAUGUUGCUUCCCAGGACGUAAAUAAUCCUCCUUUACCACAGCAUGUUGCUUCCUCGGACGUAAAUAAUCCUCCUCUACCACAGCAUGUUGGUUCUCAGAGUGUAAAUAAUCCUCCUUUGCCACAGCAUGUUGGCUCCCAGAAUGUAAAUAAUCCUCCUUUGCCGCAGCAUGUUGCUUCUCAGAAUGUAAGUAAUCCUGCUUUAUCACAAAAGCAGACUCAAGAUGAAGGUCAUCAACCACAGCCUGUUCAAAAUUCUCAGACAGUUGGAAUUCAAAAUUUGGGAAAAUAUCCUGCUCCUAAUAAUGAAGUACCCAAAACACUUGAUCCCAGCAGCGAAUCUCAGCAGUAUGCAAAGUUGCCGCAAAUAAGUAAUCAACAGGCUACAGUCAAUGAGCAGCCAGGAGGCCAAAUUAAUCGUCAAAAACAGGUACCAUUUGGCAUGUUGCUACCUAUCUUGAUACCUCAACUUCCCAAAGACCGAGCCAUGCAACUUCAAACUCUAUUUAGUAAAUUGAAGAAAGACGAAAUAGCAAAAGACAGUUUUGUGCGGCUUAUGAAAGGUAUUGUAGGGUACCAGCUGCUUAAAUUAGCAUUGUCAAAAGUACAAGCUCAGCUACAAGCACAGACAAGACCCAACCAAGGACCUGUGAGGCAGCAGCAACCUGUUCGGAUGGCCACUGUUGACUUAGGUGCAAGACAAUUAAAUGAUCCCCAUGCUUUAGCUCAGCUUCAUCAGAGAAGUAUGAAUGCAGCUGCAGACCAAUCUCGUAUGACUUCUUCAGCUGUCCAAACUAUGGAGAACAAUGCUAGAAAAUCUCAAGAAUUGGAUGCUAGAAUGGAAACUCAGGGUUUGCAACUGAGCCAGUUGUCAUCUUCCAAUUCCAUCACUGUUAGUCAGGAAGCACAAAGAUCAUCUGUUCAUGUACACGGGCUUAAUAAGCAGCCACAGCCUCAGCAUCUACAUUUCCCAUCAGCAUAUGGCAGUAGUGGUGGUACUUAUAGGCCUUUUUCAGGGCCAGCUAGUAGUUCUGCUUCAUCUAUCAGACCACCACCACAUGAGUCACAUAUGAGUCAAAUUCCACAUCAAAGCACUGGUCCAAAUCACUUAGGUGGGGCAACACAAGGCUUCAUUGGUAUGCCAAAACUUGAACAGCAGAACUCUUUGAAUGAUCCCAAGAGGCUGCCGGGUGGCUCUGUUGCUCUAUUAAACAAUCCGGCAUCCCAGCAAACUCCAAAUGCAUCGCAACCACCAUCAAACAAAGAUCAAAAUUCAGGCUUCUUGUCAUCUGGUUCUUAUGUCAAAAAGGAACCUAGCGACAUGCCUACUGAGCAUCAACAUAGGCAGAAUAUUUCUAAAAUCCAUGGACUGCCUUCAGCUAAUUCUGCACAAAUCGAACAGGCAAGUGCCAAUCAAGGAACGGUAAAGGAUGAGUUCUCAAGGGGCCUUCCAGUAUCCACAAGUAUGGCACCUACAAUAUCUACUGGCUUGACAUCACUCAAUUCUGCUUCUCCUUCUGUAAUGGCCCAACUAGAUCCUAGUGUCUCAUUAAGCACCCAGGUACCAUCAAACACUUCUGGAAUUACUGUGAGGGCACCUGUGAAAAAGCCUUCUGUUGGCCAGAAGAAACCACUUGAAGCACUUGGUUCCUCACCUCCUCCUCCUCCAAGUAAGAAGCAAAAGGGAUCUGGGGGAUUCGUUGAACAAAGCAUUGACCAGCUUAAUGAUGUCACUGCUGUUAGUGGAGUCGAUUUGAGGGAAGAGGAAGAGCAGUUAUUUUCAGGUCCCAAGGAGGACAGUCGGGUUUCAGAAGCAACUCGAAGAGCUGUGCAAGAAGAGGAGGAAAGGCUGAUUUUGCAGAAAAUUCCACUCCAGAAAAAAUUGUUUGAGAUUAUGUUUAAGUAUGGCUUGAAGGGUGUGAGCAAUGAUGUGGAGAGAUGCUUUUCACUGUGUGUGGAGGAAAGAAUGCGUGGACUGAUAAGUAACCUGAUUAGAAUGUCAAAACAGCGGGUUGAUUUUGAGAAGACAAGACAUCGGACUGUUGUCACCUCAGAUGUUCAGCAGCAAAUCAUGACAAUAAAUAGGAAAGUAAGAGUGGAGUGGGAGAAAAGACAGGCAGAAGCAGAGAAGCUUCGGAAACAAAAUGACAUUGAUGGUAAUGCUGGAGCUGAUGGUGACAAGGACAAGGACGAGGGUCGUAAUAAAUCAUCAAAGGUGAACAAGGAAGAGGAUGACAAGAUGAGGACAAAUGCAGCAAAUGUUGCUGCCCGUGCUGCUGUUGGGGGAGACGACAUGCUCUCAAAGUGGCAACUUAUGGCCGAGCAAGCCAGGCAGAAACGUGAAGGCAUGACAGACACAUCAUCUGAUUCUCAACCAGCUAAAGAUGUAAGUCGCAAAUCUUCAGCAUCUGGAAAAAGUACGAAGGAUAAUCACGAAGGGGAUAAAAAAGGUUCUACUAAUUUUGUAACUUCAUGGGCUAUCAGAAAACAUGGGAGAAACAAUUCCCUUGUGACUCAAACUAAGAUUGCCCGAAGCAUCUCUGUCAAGGAUGUAAUUGCUGUGCUCGAAAUAGAGCCACAGAUGUCGAAAUCAUCGCUCAUUCAUCGCUUGUACGAGAAGAUUCAUUCUGAUGCUCAACCUGAGUGAAGUAGAAUUACAGAGAAGUGUUAAUACACAUUGUAAAUAAAUAAAUGCAUGUAUAGAAUAGUGGCUUAUAUACAUGUAUAGAAUAGUGGCUUAUUUUCUGUUAUACUGUAUAUAAAGUGAGAUGUUUAACUACUCUCAACUUGGAACCAUGAGUCUGCAAUUAGGUACACUAUUUGGCAGAAGUGUAUAGAAUAGUGGCUUAUAUACAUGAGGACUGGGUGUUGUUUGGUGUUAGUAAAAAAAAAAUGUCAUUGGAGGGUGUUAAAGAGGAGAUAAUGCACUUGAUGUGAAAAGCCUCAAUUAAAAUGUCAUUGGAAGGUGUUAAAGAGGAGAUAAUGUACUUGAUGUGAAAAGCCUCAAUUAUUAUGAGUGUUAAUUUCUGCAGGAAGGUGAGGUAUGAAUAUUUAGUUUGACACUUAUCAUUGAAAGUCUAUGAGCCUUUUGGAAGGUGAAAGUUUAGCUAUGUUGGUGUCUCAAGAGUGAACAUUUAGUUGUGCUUUCUUUGAGUGUUUUUAUAAUCUUCUAGGCCUUAUUUUAUUGUUGAUCAGGAUUUUUUGUCUGACUUUGACUUGAUUAGUUUUAAUUGAUUAUUUAUCGUUGACGACAA